GUUUCACUAUGUUCUAUUUGUGUUCCUAUCUCAGUUUUCCAUAACAUUACGAUAAAGGUUGCCAUGUAAAUUUUCAAACAAUAAUGUUAAUAAUUCGUGCAAAUUAUUAGUUUUAAGUGUUUCCAAAGUAAUUUAGUGCAUCAUCGAAUAGUGUACUCAGUGUUUUUCUUGUUUGUUUACUGGAUAUACAACUUCUAUAUAUGAUUUUGAUGAAUCAUAAUGGCCGGCCAUGUUUGCCGGGAACAAACGAAGGUCGUCAAAUGUCAAAGUUAUGCAGCUAUUCUACGAACUUAAACAACAAUUUCCCACCAUUCCUGACCACGUGGUUACUUCUUGCAUAACAACCUACAUCCAGUCGAACGCCCAAGAGAAAAAUAUCGUCGAUCUUCUGGAAACGGCGUUAGCUGAGAACAACAUAGGGCAGAUGGGACGAUCUUCUAAACAUUUGGAAUCACCUCCCUUAAAUAUCUCUCCCAGUCCAGAAAUUGAACAAAUUUCGGCCAAGGCAAACCUCAACACCAACCGAACACAAACCGAGAUGAACGAAAGUGUCGAUGAUAACCGAAAUCCAAUAAAACCCUGCGACCAAAGUCAAGCUGAAUUCCCUCCUAGAACACUAGCCAAAAGACCCAAUUACCUCGACUUUAAAACAACCAUUGGUGAUGUGAGAAGUGAAGCCAAAAAAACCUUUGAUAUACAACUCUCGGAAAAAUGCAAAGAUGUUCACAAGUUGCUCAAUUCUGAACUGAGUGAAAAACCCCCCCGGUCUCCUCUAAGUGCAAAACGAUUCGCAGCCAAAAAUUCUCCAACCAAAGUGGAUAAAACUCUUGAUAUUCAUAAACGAUCUAGUAACGUCGAGUCUGCGGGUGUAGUUAAAAAAGAAACGUGUUCAACUCCGACACAAACAACGGACACGCUAAUCGGUAACUCGAAUCUCGGAUUAUCUCUAAACGUUAACUGUUCUGUGGAUGUAGUGCAAAGUCCGACGCAGCCCAAACGUACAUCAACGUUCCAACUUACGCCGUCACAACCCUGGUUGCAAACGCCCACAUCUCCGCGAAGUUAUACUAGUGUUAACCUUACAUUGAGACCUCCGACAUCAACUCCACAAGACCCGAUUAACAUCACGUCUCAGAACUCAAGUCUGACCUACUCCACGAGUAGUUACGAUUCGCAAAAGGGACUUCAGAGUCGAUUGCAGAUUACUGUGGGACCUGGAAGUGGAAGUGUGUCUUCUCUUCGUGUCAGACCUAAAAGCUACCAUCCUCAAGAGCAACAUCUACAGGAAGAAGUUCCGACUAGGGCUGGAUCUCUUAAUAAUUUGGCCGUUACUUCUGAUCCGCCAGUGAUAUUAAAGCAGCAGGCUCGAAUAGAAAGAUUACGAAUAGAACUGAAAUCGGAAAAAGCUAAACUGGUGAUAAUGAAACAAGAAAUUGAUGAAUUAGAGAAAAAUAGACUCGAAAGUGAGAUAAACCUUGACAUGGAGAAACAGCUAAUAAGAGAAAUAAAGCAUCUACGAUAUCAAUGUAAAGAGUUAGAAUUAGAUGGUGACGCAUUUUACAAUAACAUUUACACAGGUCAAGUAAUUAAUGACUUUCCCACCCCACCGCCAAGGAUCCGACAACAAAGUCGGAGAAGAAUACAAUACACUCCUCCUGUGGACGAAGGUCCCAAAUGGAACUGUGACGUAUGUACAUUCCUCAAUCACCCAAUCUUGGAUAAAUGUGAGCAGUGCGAUUUCCCCAGAAUACUACAUGUUUCAGCCUCACCUGGGGACAAUAUUCACAUACAUGUUACACCAAGAAUGCCAAGACGUAAGACAUUUAUUGUGAUUAAUCUGUGUGAUGAAAUAACUUUUGCAUAUAAAAUUCGUGUGGUUAGUGCUUUAAUAACAAUUUAAAAAAAAAAACAUGAACAUUUUUCCCGCUUCUGUAGAACCUUUAAAUGCCAAUUAACUAAAUACGGUCAAUAAAUUAAGAAAAUUUAAUUCAAAAUCUUAAAUCAAAAAACAUGGCUAGGACGGUAAAGCAAAAGGUGGAAGUAUUUAUUCAGUGCAAAUGGAGUAAAAAGCGCGUGCUCAAAACAUAGUAGACUUUAAAGGCGAAUAAGGAUUUGAACUAUUGCAAGGAGGUGUUGGGUUCGAGUGAACGAGAGAAAAAUACUUAGGAUCGCUAGAUAUAACGUGAAAAGGAAUUACACAUUCAUGGGUAUUAUAAAACUAGUGAAGAUUAAAAUGUGACUAAAUAGGAAGCUACUUUUAUAUUUUGUUUAUAAUUUUUUUCACCCCUAAAAUUGCUCACAAGAUAUUAUUUUUAAGCCAUUUUUUUUAGGUAAUUGUUAAAUUUCUGUAAAUAUUAUGUUAUUAAAAUGGGAUUAAAGCAAGUGCUUAUUUUGAUAA